GUAGACAGAGAACAAAUGGAGAGAAAGAAAGAACCUAUGUCAAAAGAUGAUUUAAAACAAGCAGAACCGAAAAAGGAACCUGAACUAAAAAUGGAUGUAGACAGGGAGGAAGUGGAGAGGAAGAAAGAACCUGUAUCAAAAGAUGACGUAAAACAAGUAGAACCGAAAAAGGAAUCUGAACUAAAAAUGGAUGUAGACAGGGAGGAAGUGGAGAGGAAGAAAGAACCUGUAUCAAAAGAUGACGUAAAACAAGUAGAACCGAAAAAGGAAUCUGAACUAAAAAUGGAUGUAGACAGAGAGGAACUGGAGAGGAAGAAAGAACCCGUAGAAUCGAAAAAGGAAUCUGGACUAAAAAUGGAUGUAGACAGAGAACAAAUGGAGAAAGAAACUGUAUCAAAACUAGACAUUGACAAAGAACUGAUAGAGAGUAAGAAGGAAUUUGUAUCAAAAUUAGACAAAGAACUAAUAGAGAGCAAAAAGGAAUCUGUAUCAAAACUAGACAUUGACAAAGAAUUGAUAGAAAGCAAAAAAGAAUUUGUAUCAGAAAUGGACAUAGAUAGCAAGAAGGAAUCUGUAUCUAAAAUAGACAUUGACAAAGAACUGAUAGAGAGCAAGAAGGAAUUUGUAUCAGAAAUGGAUGUUACCAGAGAAUCUGUAUCAAAACUAGACAUUGACAAAGAAUUGAUAGAGAGCAAGAAGGAAUUUGUAUCAAAAAUGGAUGUUACCAGAGAAUCUAUAUCAAAACUAAAACUAGAAAAAAAAGAAGUAAUAGAAAGCAAGAAGGAAUUUGUAUCAGAAAUGGAUGUUACCAGAGAAUCUGUAUCUAAAAUAGACAUUGACAAAGAAUUGAUAGAGAGCAAAAAGGAAUCUGUACCAAAACUAGAUACUGACAAAGAACUGAUAGAGAGCAAGAAAGAAUCUGUAUCAAAACUAGACAUUGACAAAGAACUGCUAGAAAAGAAUCUGUAUCAAAACUAGACAUUGACAAAGAACUGAUCAAAGACCA